CCGUCCUAUUGUUUAAAAAUAUAAUCAAGUUUCAGUAUAACCUUUUCCAAUUUGGUCACAUACUUUCUUAUAAUAAUGUGGCCAUGAAUAAACCACAAUACUUUUUUGUUUGAGAAAAACAUUAAACUAAAACAUAAAAAUAAACGCGUGUGUUUUGUAUUUGUUUCGUGAAGGAGGGGAAGGAACCGAUGCAAUGUCUCAUGUUUCUUAUUUCGUGCUGUGGAUCGCUGCAUCAUGGAUAACUCUCGCACCUGCUCAUUUUUCAUCAUUUUACUAACGCUGCGCCUGUGUUUGUAAAACCGAAGAGCAUAUGUUUAUUUGUAUAGUGAGAGCAGCUACGAUGUACCGAUGACACAAUAUUCAACUAAUUUUAUAUAGUCCCAAUUAUCUGAAGUUGAACCUCAGAUGCAAGCAUCCGGGAGUUUUCUAUCAUGCCCAAACAAAUUCAGAAGUCAAAGGGACCAGGAAACAAGGAAUCACAUGAUCUAGGGAAGCUUCUGAUCCUGCUUGCGAAUAAUGCUUACAAACACCAGGUGGCAGCAUUGAGUCAGUCAUCUAAGGUGUGCAAUAGCAGAGCAAGAUCCAAGACCACUCUCCAGCAAAACGAUCCAAGCACAAAUAGUCAAAUUCACACAACUUCUGAAGAUCUGGAGCUUGAGAAAUUCAGUACAACAUACAGAAAUCAACGUUGUUUCAGCAGUCAUCCUCAACAUAAGCUAUUUUUGAAAAUCCUUGCAUCUUUGGUCAAGAACAGACUGUGCAGCGACUGGGUCGACCAUGCACCACCUGAAUCAGUUCUUAGAGUGCUCAUUUGUCUACGAUUGCUCAUAAGAGAACAACAUUAUCAGAGAGUUUUUCAUCAACUCCAAGGUGUUGUUCUUCUUGCAAAGUACAUGGAGUUGGUUUGCAGCAGUCAUCUGGAAUGUGGAGACCAUACAUUUGCCAUAGAGAAGUUGAUUACUAUGGCAUACAUGUUUCAGAAAAUGUCUGUGGUGGAGGAGCAAAGGCAGUGGGUUAUUGGGAGUGGUGCUCAUAAGACUCUUGUGACGCUCCUAUCAGCACGUGACAGUAGUGUGUUACUGGGCGCCCUCCUCGCACUCACCUCAUUGGCUGAGAGCUCAGAAUGCAAGGAGAAGAUCGGAGAGUUGUCAGUUGUGGAUAACCUUCUUGUAAUACUACAAGAGUAUGACAUACUAUCCAAAAGAAUGGCUGCGGAGUUGUUGCGGCUGCUGUGCCCGGUCCGGCAGGUGCGGGAACAGAUUAGAGAGUGCGGGGGCCUGCCGGUGCUGCUCAGCCUGCUUCACGAAGAGCAUCUCAAGUUGCUGUGGAGCAUAGUGUGGGUCCUGGUCCAGCUGUGUGAGGAGGCAGAAGCCAGCACUGAGAUACGCAUGUGGGGAGGAGUGCAGCAGCUCCUCCACAUCCUCAGCAGUGAGAAGGUGCAUGUUUCGGACCGUUUUUCUACUGAGGCCCUCUCGAGUGCCAAUGUGGCAGGACGAAUCCGGAGAUGGCAUAUAAGUGAGGACCUUAAUCCACCUGAGGAUGUGGAGAACAUCAUGUCCUUACAGUCAGCAUGCUGUGCGGCUCUGACUGAGCUUGUUCUGGAUGAUACCACUGCGCUUCACGUGGUUCAGGAGAAUGGGGUCUAUGUCAUAGCAAAAUUGAUUCUGCCACCAAGCUCUUACAGUGGACCAAAAGCAACAUCCCUACAGUGCUAUGCAUUUCGGACUCUCCGUUUCCUCUUCAGCAUGGAACGAAACCGGCAUUUGUUUAAAAGACUAUUUCCUACAGAUUUAUUUGAGAUGUUUAUUGAUGUCGGACAUUACAUGCGAGACAUCACUGCCUACGAAGCAUUGCAAGCAAAAGUUUCUCUUUACACUCAGGAGGAAAUGGACAGGUUAAGGGAGAGCAUUCAGGCUGUUGAUCAGAACCGCCCUCCUCUAAGAGUGAUCAAUGGCUACUCUAUAUUGGACCAUUUGGGCACUGGGGCCUUUGGCAGUGUGUUCAAGGUGAGGAAACAGAGGGGACAGAACCUUCUGGCUUUGAAGGAGGUAACUCUUCACAAUCCAGUCUUUGGCAAAGACAAGAAGUCCAGAGACAGCAAUGUGGAGAAGAUAGUGUCAGAGCUGACCAUCAUUAAAGAACAGAUGACCCAUCCAAAUGUUGUGAAAUAUUACAAGACAUUCUUGGAAAACGACAGGCUAUACAUUGUCAUGGAGUUAAUAGAAGGAGUACCCCUGGCGGACCAUUUCAACUCUCUAAAAGAGAAGGAGCAGCAGUUCACAGAGGACAGACUUUGGAACAUAUUCAUCCAGAUGUGCCUGGCUCUAAGGUACCUGCACAAGGAGAAGAGGAUCGUGCAUCGGGACCUCACUCCUAAUAACAUCAUUCUGGGAGAGAGGGACAAAGUUACUAUCACUGACUUUGGGCUGGCUAAACAGAAACAGGAGAGCAGCAAGCUAACGUCAGUGGUUGGGACCAUAUUAUAUUCCUGUCCGGAGAUAGUGAAGUGUGAGCCCUAUGGGGAAAAGGCUGAUGUGUGGGCUGUAGGAUGUAUCCUGUAUCAGAUGGCCACACUGAAACCUCCAUUCUAUAGCGGCAACAUGCUCUCCCUCGUCACCAAGAUUGUGGAGGCGGUCUAUGAACCAGUGGCUGAAGACCUUUUCUCAGACAGAGUCACAGACAUGAUUCAGUGGUGUCUGACUCCCGACGCAGACAUGCGUCCGGACAUUGUGGAAGUCAGCUCCAAGAUCUCUGACAUCAUAAUGAGGUUCAUGGACAGCUUGUACAUCUCCCAGCAUGCUUUGGAGAGGAGAGCAGAGCGAGACAGGAAGCGAGCACAGAAGUACUUCCUGGAGAGGCAUCGGGGCAGGGCAGAGCCUGUGUCUCAGGGUUCUUUACCAAAAGAUCAUGUGAAAUCUCCUUUAACGACCGAGUCCAAAGUACCACAUUCCUCUUUAGGCCACAGCUCAAACCAAACACUUAUUUCAGAUAAUGUCUCAGAUGAAGACACAGACGUCUUAGAUACCAAUAGCUCAACGGCAUCUGACCAUAAAGACUCCGGGCCGAUCAGUGUCAGUGGCUCUGUGACUGAUGGACCAAAUCAACAUGGUGGUGAUUUUGCUAUUCUGAAACCCAAGACUCGACCAGUGUCAGCAGGAAUCUGUGUUUCUCAGAGGAAGGUUCGUCAGAUUGAUGACCCUGUCCAAAGAAUCCUGGUACAGCUGCAUAAAAUUAUAUACAUCACUCAGCUUCCCCCAGCCGUUCAGCACUGUGUCAAAAGGCGGUCAAUUGAGAGAUUUAAAAAGUUUCUGUUCGACUACAGAAGCAGUCCAUACAAUCUAAAGGUGGAGCUUAAUAAGCUGCUCCAGGGGUCUCCAGAGCUAAUGGAAUUAGGAUCUCCCAGCUCAGACUGGUGGUCACUGGUCCAGCCGUUUGGAGGAGACCCUCUGGGUGCCGAUCGGCCAGGUGAUAUAGAAAAUGGGAAUCUGAAGGAGGGAAUCAGCUAUGAGCAGAUGCAGGCCUUAAUAGAGGAAGUUCUUGAGGAAAAUGGAUACUACCAUGCAGUAAGGAGUAACCUGGGAACAACAGGGACAAACAAGUGACCUCUGUCCUUAUAAAUGAUGUCCUUAUUUGGCUGCUUCUGUUUUCCAGUCACAUGGCAGAAAAGGACUAGUAUCACAUUUCUCAGACAGGUUGAUAACCUGGAAAAGGACAUAGAGCAAUGUCACUGUCUGCAUGUAGGGGGAGUGUUUCAAAACAAGCUCAAGCAUUAGAUACCAAGGCGGAGUAUGGAUUACAUGGUAUAUUAAUCAGUCAGGCAUUUUACACUAUUUGUGGCCUUUGACCUUUGAGCAUUUACUGUAUGUCUACUCAGUUCUCACUUUGAGCACUCAGCUGAAGCACAGAUGAUGCACUGAUAAUGUGCUUGUGUGAUGUUUGUGUGAUUUUGUGGCGAUUAAUGUCAGGCUUUUCUGCACUUUACAUUAUUACACUCAGCAUAAGGAUAUCGCUGCUCGUUUCUUUAACACAAACACAUGGUCUAUUUCCAGGUAAUAUUGUAUUGCACAUUUUAUGAAUUGUAACUAAUGGGUUUUGAAACUGCUGUCUCAGGCUAAAGCUUUGACUUAUGUUUAACUCAACAGAAAUGUAUUUAUUA